AUGACCACUUUUGACCUACACGAAAGAUACAGUGCAGGCUCUGGUGUCCCUGCUCUCCCGAGCUUGGAAAAUCCUUUAUCUGCUGAAACACUCUGUGGAGAUAAGUGGGGCUUUGCUAGGCUGCCCAGCUGCUCCCUAACCCACAAGAAGUUUGCGUCUAGUGCUGCCACUCAGGUUCUGAAGUCCUGGGCACCAGUCCCCAACUCUGUUUCUUUCAUGAGCAACACGUCCACCAUCCUCCAGCUCACUCCACUCCAUCUACUUCUACUAGUUUUUAACAUACAACUCUCUCUUAAAAGGCCAGAGACACUGGGUAGAAGAAAAAGUUCAUUGAAACCAUGGAUGAUUGCCCUUAUUGUCACAGCUAUUGUGUUGGUUCUGGCAAUAAUUAUUGGUCUCCUUGUUCAUUUCUUGGCAUACGACCAGAAGUCUCAUUAUUACCAGGCCUCCUUCCAGAUCCCUAGUAUUCACUAUGAUCCUGAUUUUUCAGUAGAACAUUCAACAUCUGGGACUGACAUGAAGCAAAAAGUCAAUGAUGAGAUAGAUAAGAUAUUUCAAAGAUCCAGUUUAAAUCAUCAUUACAUCAAGUCUCAUGUCAUCAACUUUAGGCCAAGUAAUGAUGGUUUGGAAACAGAUGUAUUGCUUAAAUUUACUUCUAACAAUGUGGACACAAUAAAAAGGCAAGCUGAUAACAUUUUGCAUCAGAUGUUGAAUUCAAAUGAAACCUUCUUGAAGAUAGACCCUUCAUUACCUUAUCUUACAGCUAUGAAUGAAGAACAAGCAGAGCACAUUCUGAACAGCUGUUGUGGUUUAGGAAAGGAGUUGCCAUCCAUGGAAAGAAUUGCUGAUGGUGUUAUUACAAAGAAAGGUGACUGGCCAUGGCAAGCCAGCCUGCAGGUGGAAGGUGUCCACAUCUGUGGAGCAUCUGUGAUCAGUGAGGAGUGGCUCCUGACUGCCGCUCACUGUUUUGACGUUUACAAAAACCCCAGACUAUGGAUGGCUAGUUUUGGAAGAACCCUAAACCCUUCACUGAUGAGAAGAAAGGUGCAGUCAAUUAUUGUUCACAAAAACUAUGCUGCCCAUAAACAUGAGGAUGACAUCGCUGUGGUGAAGCUCUCCACCCCCAUCGUAUUUUCCAAUGAGGUGCACAGAGUCUGUCUCCCGGAUGCUACUUUUGAAGUCUUGCCUAAGAGUAAAGUGUUUGUCACUGGAUGGGGAGCAUUAAAAGCAAAUGGUGCUUUUCCCAACACUCUGCGAGAAGUUGAAAUAGAGAUCAUAAGUAAUGAUAUAUGUAAUCAAGUUAAUGUAUAUGGUGGUGCUGUCUCGUCAGGAAUGAUCUGUGCUGGAUUCUUGACAGGAAAGCUAGAUGCCUGUGAGGGUGACUCUGGAGGACCUCUGGUUAUUGCACAAGACAGAAACAUCUGGUAUCUUAUUGGAAUAGUAAGCUGGGGAAUAGACUGUGGAAAAGAAAACAAGCCUGGACUUUAUACGAAAGUGACUCAUUAUCGGGACUGGAUUAAAUCUGAAACUAACAUCUAA